AAUGACCCUAUGGGAUCACAUGAGCGCGUAAGAUGGCUGACCUCUUUUCACUUUGAAGCGGCAACAUUGAGCGUCUGAGUCCACCGGAGAGAGAUUCACUGGCACUUGUUUGACUGUUUUUAGCUGUACUUAGUACGUUGGUAGGGUAGGUGGGCUGAUAGGGCCGUACCGCCCCUAAGAAAAGCCUAGAGUUACUUGGAAAGAGACGGCGCCAGUUGUGAGAGCAGCCGUGAGUCUGGGCGGACCCGCGCAUGGUAUAAGACAAGCAGGUCUCGCGGUGCAGGCCAGGGGACAGAGGAGACAGAAUGGUGCUCUCACACAAACAGAGAGAAGAGCUGAACUAUGCAAUAGCUGACUACCUCCAGUCACAGGGAUAUGGAGAAACUCUCGACAGUUUCCGCAGAGAACUGGACACUAAGGAGCUAGGUACAAUGUCAAAAUACAACGGACUCUUGGAGAAGAAGUGGACAACUGUCAUUCGACUCCAGAGAAAAAUAAUGGACCUUGAGGCGAAGCUGCUGGAGGUGCAGAAGGAGGUGGUGGAGGGAGGGGCCACCAGGAAGACUCGACUGGCAACUGACUGGAUUCCCAGACCUCCUGAGAGAUUUGAGCUGGCUGGGCACCGAGCUCCCAUCACCAACGUCACCUUUCACCCCACAUACAGUCUAGUGUUGUCUUGUUCAGAAGAUGCUACUAUCAAGGUAUGGGACUAUGAGACUGGAGAUUUCGAGAGGACAAUAAAGGGACACACAGAUUCAGUCCAAGACAUAGCAUUUGAUCACACGGGGAAAGUUCUCGCGUCGUGUUCAGCAGACAUGUCAAUUCGACUGUGGGACUUCACGACCUACGAGUGCAUCAGAACGCUGCAAGGUCACGACCACAAUGUGUCUAGUGUUGCCUUCAUGCCUUCGGGGGACUUCCUCGUGUCCUCGUCUCGCGACAAGACCCUCAAGAUGUGGGAGGUCUCUACAGGGUACUGUGUCAAGACGUACACUGGACACAGAGAGUGGGUUCGGACUGUUAAAGUCAGUCCAGAUGGCUCGCUGUUGGCCAGCUGCUCCAAUGAUCAGACGAUACGUGUGUGGGUGGCGUCAACUAAGGAGUGUAAAGCUGAACUGCGUGGCCAUGAGCAUGUGGUGGAGUGCAUUGCAUGGGCUCCUGAUGUGGCCUUACCACACAUCACGGAGACCUGCGGAAUAGAGUCAAAGAAAGGAGGCCCAGCUCCAGGUCCAUUCAUCAUCUCUGGCUCAAGAGACAAGACCAUCCGACUAUGGGACGCCCUCACAGGAGCCUGUCUCUUCACCCUGUCGGGUCAUGAUAAUUGGGUGAGAGGGCUGCAGUUCCAUCCAGGGUGGUGGGAAGGUAAUCCUAAGUUGCUCAGAUGACAAGACCAUUCGUGUCUGGGACUACAAGAACAGGAGGUGCCAGAAAACGCUAGAGGCCCACGCACACUUCGCCACCUCAAUAGACUUCCACAAGUCAGCACCGUAUGUGGUGACGGGCAGUGUAGAUCAAACUCUCAAGAUCUGGGAGUGUCGCUAGCUCCUCGUCUGCCCCCACCCCUCCCUCCCUCUCUCUCGCUCUCCUCAAUAGGUCACAAUGUAGCUCUGCAGAAUGGACAUAUUUUGUUUAAGAUGUUGUUUGUUGCCACAUCAUGCACAGACUGGCUACCGUAUGCCAUGUCCCAGGACUGUAUGUGCUACUCAUUACGUGUGUAUGGUAGUGACUUACAUGUGUAGCUAGCAUGUAUAUACUACUCUGGUGAGUUUUAUACAGUCUAUCCUGACAUGACGUGCGUGUGUGUGUGGUGUGUGGCAUAUUGUAUGUUUUGAUUUAUGAUGCUAUGUGUUUCUUUGUAUAUACAUUAUUUCUUCCUUUACAUAUACAAGAUAGUGUAUUACACUCAGACCAAGAUUGAACGAAGCGCCGCCCGCGUGACGUAAUCUAUCACGUGCUUAGAGUAGUUAUUACUGACCGGCCGGCCCGCUUUUUACAUAUGUACGUACACCGCGCGACUGUGCGCCGCUUCUUCGAUCAGUUGAUGGUGCAAAUUUUUCCCUGGGGGAGAGGAAAAACGAUCGAGCCAAUUUAGUUUGCAGUGGUUUGGAAAGCACAGAUCAUGGCUCGGAAACGCCCGACGUUGCAAGAAGUGCAGCGGCUCUACCCCAGCGACAUGGCUCGCUGUGCUGGCUACACCUGGCACCUGGGGACACGCAUUGGGAAAGGCUCUUUCGGGGAGGUCUACAUGGGCUGGUCGCAGGACGGGAGACAGGAGGUCGCCGUGAAGGCCGUCAGCAAGAGCUAUUUCAAGCAGGACCCCAAGGUCAAGGAAAACCUCGAGAGGGAGAUCCGUAUCAUGAAACUGCUCAAGAACUGCGAGUACGUUGUACGGCUGGAGCAUGUGCAGGACUUGAAGCAGCACAUUGUGCUGGUGAUGGAGCUGUGUGACUACGACCUUGACCACCUCGUGAAGGUGUCUCCCUUCAGAGAGGAUGACAUCACUCUCUUUCUCUUCCAACUGAGCAAGGGUAUGAAGGCACUAAGAGAGCAGAACAUUGUUCACAGAGACCUAAAACCCGGCAACAUUCUCAUCAAGAAAGACCAGGUCACUGGGAAGAUUAAGAUCAAACUGGCAGACUUUGGGUUUGCUCGACACUUCACUGAAGAAGGGACGAAAAAGCCGAUUGAUAUGCAUUCCCUCGCAGGCACUCCUGUGUUCAUGGCUCCUGAGGCUCUGAGAUGUGUCUUCUACCCUGGAGAGCAUUAUGACGACAAGGUGGACAUUUGGAGCAUCGGUGCUCUACUGUACAAGGUCAUAGUUGGACAGUGCGGCUUUUACGCACAACUCCAAGACAUUCCAAAAAUCCUCAAACACAAGAAAGAUGCAAUUGCCUUUGAGAGACUCAGCAGUAAAGUAAUCUACAUUCAGGAGCUGCCACCUUCAGUCUACGACAGAUUCUCCGGUGGCUACAGAGCAAAGAUGAACGCUCUCCUGAAGAGUCUCCUGAAACUGGACCCUCAGGAGAGGAUGAGCUUCCCCGACUUCUUUGAGUUUGUGGACGACCUGGUGACCUCAAAGAUUGAGGUGGUGAAUCUCCUCACUGGGACAUCCGGGAAGAUCCUUUACGACAGUGGAAUGACUAUGGAGCAGUUGAGGAAUGAAGUACACACUCAACUGGGGGUCAAGGAGACCCAUCAGCUACUGUUCUCCUCCGCCAGUCUCCUCUACCUCUCCCCGCACUCUGCCCUCUCUCCGGCCCAGUUCUCUGAGCUCAUGGAGCAGUGCGGUGCAUCUCGCGGGAACGGAGUGCUCUAUCUUCUCCCCACUGGUCACCUGGAGAGCAGCCAACCUUUCAACCUCUCCUGCCUCACCCAGCUGAAAUUUGCCGUCAGUGACCAGCAGAGAUGUGUGGAGCAAAUCACUGAUCACAAGUUGUCCAAAGAGAUAGUUCAUGAGAUCAGUUCUCUGAGGAGCCAGCAGCUGAGGCAGGAGAGUGGGGUCAGGGAGUUCAGGAAAUUCUGUUAUGCGGAACUGCAGAACUUCAAGAGACGAGGAGGCUACCAGCAGCUGGCCAGGAGAGGAGUCAAGACUGCUGCCAAACUCUCUCUGGCUGCUGAGCUGCUGGCCAAUGAUCUUGCGUCCACCUCUACUGAGGAGGCUCAGCGACUGGUUCAGAGAAUGAGACAGUUGGAGAAUGAGGUGGAGAGUCUGGUGAAGGACCUGGACACACUGUACGAGGCCAGCGAGCAGCAGUUGAGUGUUCUGCCCACUGAGAGCAGAGAGGGAGCCAGUUCCAUUGAGAGCAUGACAGCUGACCUGACAAAGACUGCCAAACUACUGCCUGAGCUGAGAAAAGUGGAGAUGUUUGGACGAUGUCAAGACAUUCUCAGGAGGUGCGAGAACAUGGCUAAACAAACGGGGGUCGCCACUCGCAACACCCUCAUCCAACUCUAUACCAGCAUCACCAAGACUUGGGAUAUGGCGAGACAGAGCCAGCAACUGUCUCAGCUGUGUCAGCAGUCAGAGGAGCUCCUCACCAAACAGCUGCCUCCUGUCAGAGCUACUCUUGUGACCUCCGUGACCUCCAGAGAUGUUCCACUCUUGUCUCCAUCCACUCCCAGCAGUGUUCCUCCUGUUCUGGUCACGCCUCCUGGCUGGCCACACCCUCCUCCCUCCAUCCCCUAUCAACCCUCCCCAAACUCCCCGUCUCGCCCCUCUCCACAAACACCACAACCUCAGGUUGCAGCUGCUGCUGGUGACCCUAAAGCCAUUGCUGAACUCAGAGAAGAUAGAGAUUUCUACGAGGCUCUUUUCCAGUCCAAGGCCGAGGAAUGUGGGCAAUUGUCCAAGUCAGUCGAACACCUCAAAGAAAUGUUGGGUCAGCAGAGGAAUAGGGCUGGAAGCAGUUUGUGUGAGGAGGAGAAGACACUGGGACCGGGGACCACCCUCACUCCGACCGCAGGCCCCGGUGAGGACCGCUCUCUGCGAGCCUCACUGAGUUCAGAGGACCACAAGCUACUGGAGGGUCUUAGAGAGCAGCUCAAGUCUUUCUGUACUAUCGCUGACCGAAUCAGACCAGGGACGCCAGUUGAUCGGAGCAGAUCACAGACAUCUCCCUCCAGUCGGAAGGCUCCGCACAGCCCUGGACUGUACCCUCCCCUGGGGGCAGGGGGAGGCAGCCCGGACCUGACAGAGUAUUCCAUCAUCACCAUGGCCAGCAGUCCCGAUAGACAGAACUCCGAGGGAGCCCUCUCCGGACUUGCCUCCCCUGACAACAUUGAGCUGCUCCUUCCUCACGCCUCGCAGCUGAUGGGUGCUCUGAAGGAUGGUCUGAAGGAUCUCGGACAGUCCCUUGCAAUGGAGAACAGUGUGAGUGGAGAGAGGGCGUUUGUCAAGAUCGCCAGACCCAGAGAGUACAUCCAGGGAGACCUUGCCCUCUUCAACCCCAUAAGACUCCCCAAGUCCAAGACCACCAUCCCCAUCAUCCUCCAUACUGAGAAACCUUGUCCAUAUAUCUUCAUGGAUACCACCAGCUACAGCUCCUUUGGGAUCCGGCCUGGAAGAAUGUACAUACUCUCUCUCUCUCUCUCCCCUUACUCUUUUCCUUCACCUACAUACACCCUCUUUCUUCAUCUCUUCCUACACCAGCAAGUGAAGCACUAUACCUAGCCAUCUGAAUUGCAUGAUAUUAUCAUGAUAUUAUCUAGAACACACGAAGCAUAUCACAAUAAUUCUGAAUGUGCAGCUGAAAUUUCACACUUAUGUGCCAUGUUGCAUUCACAUUAUGCCAAAAAUGUCUUCCAAAAUGUGUUGCAUUCAUCUGGAAUAGUGAUGUCUCUGUGUCCCCACAGACCUGAACUGAUAGUAGCCAGACUCACUGAAAGACCCAGAGCAUUCCGGUUUGAGGAGGACCGCGAGAUGGCAACGGAGUUCCCAGAUAUAAAGGGGGAGUUCUACAGGGUCCGAGUUGAGCCGACGCCCUUCAAGUUCCUUCAAUCGAAGGCCCCUCCUCGUCCUCCGCCUCCUACCAAGAACAAGUUCUUUGGGUCUAAUAAGGCUUGAGUGGUGGCAGGCAAACUGCCGAUAUGUAUCUCUUUAGUUCUCUCUCUUUUAGGGUAAUGUAGCUGCACUACGACUGUUUUUUCACCUUUGUGUCUGUACGUCUCAUGUUAGUGUUUUUGUACAAUGUUUAGUUGUCUAUUUAUUUACGUGUGCCUCAAUCAUGGUGGAAGAUGGUCAAUGAUGAAAAUUGGGUUGAGUUUUUUCCACUUACAAUUUUUAACGAGGUGGGCAUUUAUUGGAGAAGGCUCGCUAUGAACGUGGAGGAACAGAGAAAGGCGAUGCUGAGCAACUUCCGCCAGUACGCAACGGUCUACAACGAACUGACUGAAGUCUGCUUCACCUCCUGUGUGCAAGACCUGGGCCAGCGCCGUCUGAGCGAGGAAGAGGCCUCGUGUGCCGACACCUGCGCUGCUAAGUUGCUGCAAGCCACGAGCCGCAUGGUGUGGAAAAUGGCGGAACUAAAUCCUCUGCAGCAGGGAGGAGGAGCCUCGGCUCUACACCCCCCGCAACAGACCAGAUAGCAUCCGUUCAUUGUACACCAGUCAAUCUUUCAUGUGUGAUUUGUUUCCCAGAGAGAUUGGUAAAACUAGUCAGUCUCACAGAGAGUGUGACAUCGUCCAAAGGAGGGGGGAUGAGGCGGUGAUGUGUACAGGAGGUCGAGCAGGCAGCAGUUGGUUUGAGGUGCUGACUAGACCUCCAAACCUCAUGGCCUGAC